AUCCAUAACUCAAUUACAUUCAAUGUUUUUCUACAUCCGUCCCCGGUGCAUUCAUCCUUUAUAAAAUGUUUGUCUAACACAAAAGUACUGUGUAAACGUUGUUACCAAUGAAUUGUCUGACCGAUCAAGUGUAUUUAUCGCAUUUAAAAAAAGCGCAAGUUUAUAAAUAUGCUCAGACGGAGAGUAAUAUACAAGCUAAAGUACCUUACUCUUAAUUUCUAUUAAAUUGAUUGAAGAAGUCAUGCGAAACUUCAACACAUGAGUGAAGAUGCGGCUUCACGCCACGUGCCGCCGCGUUGUCCGCUGCAGCCCGUGGCCAAGGACGGCGGGCUCCUGGCAAUAUGUGUUACACGCUUCAACAAACUAUGGAAAGAAUUUGGAACUAUUAUAAAAUGAGUGAAGCAGUGGCGAGUGGCGAUGGCCAGCAAGUGUCGGCCGGCGUGCGGGCGAGAUAGCGGCGGCGGCGGGUAGCGGCGAGCGGGCCGCGGUCACACGACGCCACUUCUCUAUCAGCGCCCUCCUUGCCCUCCGCUCCUCCCGCGGCCAGCGCGGCGCCAACGGAAUUCGCGCGAGCGACGCGCCUCGCGCCCGCGACGGUUCAGUGUACGUGCGACCACUCGCGGCCGAGGACGACAGCCGCACUACGCGCCCCGCGCUCGUUUCACUCAGCUUAUUACGCAGUUGCGAUACCACCGACCGCGUGGACUAUUUCUAAACAAAUACAACUGUACUCCCCACCCUCCCAGGACCCCGGACAAGUUGUGCGCGGAGUUUUAACCCCCGCGAACACCCAGUGAUAACUCUUAUCAGUGUGGAAAAGUUGCGUUAAAGUGCGAGCCGAACUCGGAAGGACGGUGGAAUUUGCGCAGUGGCAGAAUCUUCGGGACGGUGUGACGAUAGUAACCGAUACGAAACUGAGUGUUUCGGGCCACGUUACAAGGUUAUCGCGCCUCUAGCCCGCCAGUGAUGAAUUGGAAAAUCGGCGCGUAGUCACUCACGUGGUCCGCGCCCCGCCCCCGCCUCGCUCCGCGCGUAUAUUUAGCGAAAGUCGCCUCUCGGGAACGGUCCGACGGCUGACGCUCGGUGCACGACGCUGUUUAUGAGCGUUACGGAGACGCCACAUGUUAUUGGCUUCAAAUAACAGAGCCGAUAAGGAAAAGACAGAUAACCUCUCCGGACCGCGCUCCGGGGCCGCUAGUGUUCUGGAAUCGGGAGGAAUUAUAAAAAUCUGAAGCGAAAUAGUUUUGAGAUGUUAAUUUUCGUAGUCGGCACGCGCCGGUGAGUGCCCUGUCCGACACACCCACCGAAAAUUUCCACUGCUGAGUAAUAUAAAGUCGAGGAGAUGUCGAUCCAAGGUGGCGGUGGGUACCAGAGCCCGUGGUCGUCGCAGACUGGGCUGACGGAGUUGGACGGCGCCAUGGGGGAACUAGAGCCUCUCGGCGAAUUAACGGAGGUGGGAUUCGAGCCGCAGACGCGCGCGCGCUCCAACACGUGGCCGUUGCCGCGGCCCGACAACUACGUGGAGCCGGCCGACGAGGCAGGCUCCAAGAAGAAUUCCAACCAGAAUCUGACCGGCGCCCCACCUCUCCCAACAUCAGGAGUAACAUCCAAAAAGAACUCGUCCCGCCGCAACGCAUGGGGCAAUCUGUCGUAUGCAGACCUCAUAACGCAAGCCAUCACUUCAGCUCAGGACAACCGACUCACGUUGUCGCAGAUCUACGAGUGGAUGGUCCAGAACGUGCCAUAUUUUAAGGAUAAGGGUGAUAGCAACUCUUCGGCUGGAUGGAAGAACUCGAUCCGGCAUAACCUGUCGCUGCAUAACCGGUUCAUGCGGGUGCAGAACGAGGGGACGGGCAAAUCGUCCUGGUGGAUGAUCAACCCGGAUGCGAAGCCGGGCAAAUCAGUGAGACGACGUGCUGCUUCCAUGGAGACUUCGAAAUUUGAAAAGCGGAGAGGGAGAGUUAAGAAGAAGGUGGAGUCUAUACGGAAUGGCGUGACAGCCGACGCAACUCCCAGCCCCAGUAGUUCUGUAUCUGAAAGUUUAGACAUAUUCCCCGAUUCUCCACUACACAGCGGUUUUCAGUUGUCGCCGGACUUCCGUCAGAGGGCAUCUUCGAAUGCGUCGUCUUGUGGACGGUUGUCCCCUAUCCCGUCUCUGAUCCCUUCGGAGCCAGACUGGGCGACGGAUUACACCCCGACUGGGGAUUUCACCUCGACCACUGAGUUCUCGGCCGUGGACUACGCGCAAGAAGAACAAUUGGCUGGAUCUUUAGCUGACUCUAUGAAGCUUCAGGGAGCCGAUCCAUUCCUUCCCACGUACGUUCCAACGACACUGUCGUCGUCAUCGGGUGGGAACUAUCGAUACAACCAAUACGGAACAUGUCCGCGGCAUCCACAUGGAGGCUGCGCGUGCGCUUCGAUGUACUCCCACCCCGCGCACCCCGCGCACCCGACGCCGCACCAACACGCGCUUGACCACUUUGUCAGACCCCCGCCACCUGCUGAUCCGGCUGAUAUUAUGCAAACAGAAAACAGCCAAACCCAAAUGGUCACGACAUCAGAUCAAGCACUGCUGAACGGUGGAAUGAUGGUGCAAUCGGGGGCCAUGGCCCCUAUGGGACCCACGACGGUAAUGGGCCAGAUAAUGGGAGCUUUGAAUACAGGCCUCGCGGAAGACUUGAACAUUGAGUCUUUGGAACACGGAUUUGAUUGUAAUGUUGACGAGGUGAUAAAGCACGAGCUCAGUAUGGACGGAACAUUGGACUUCAACUUCCCUCAGCAGCAUAACGCGAUGGCAGCCGAGGCCGAGAGUCAGUUUGCUGCGCCCGCGCCGCCUGUCCCCACCACCCUCUCGGGGGGAGGCGCACCCCGCACCUCGUACUCCAUUACCCCCUCCUGGGUCCACUGAAUAGGGUGUCCAAAAGUUCGGGCUUAGUUACCUACUUACAGAGGUUGUUCACGUUGCGUAGACAAUUUCCUACUUGUAAAUAUAAAACUACGUUUAGUGACGCGAACUUUUAAAAGGUUUUGUUUAUUAAUUUGGCAUUAUUAGUUGAGAUUUUUUUUGUUCUUUAUCAUGUUAACUAAUGUUAAAGUUCUAUUUAGUGUUAUGGUAAAUGGACGGUUACCGAUCGUUGUUGAAGUGUCAAUUGUGUUAGUAGUAGAGCCUUAGUGUUAAGCUAGGAGGAAGCUUGUGAUAUAGAUAGGAUGUUAUAAUCUAUGCUCUUUCGCUUGAAUGGGGGUGGGGGGGUGCGGGGAUCUUUCCUGUACGGCGUGCUCCAUGGUUAAUAAAGAUCACAUCUACCGCAAAAGCUGGCUGCCAAAUUCACGCAAAAGGUUGUGACAGCAUAGCAUUCUGGACGACUACGUUUCUACAUCGACAUUCAUAAAUAGUAAACAACAAGAAGACCAGUUGCAGAGACUGAAUUAAAGUAUUCCAAAACCGAUUGGCAUUAUAAAAAAAAAAACUACACAAAACGGUGCGACGAAAGGAAGUGAUAUUUUGGAUGUUAAAAAUUAUUUCUAGGUAUUUACUACCUAGUAAAGUUAACAAAUGUGCAAUUGAAAAAUAGUAAGAUGUGUAUUCGUAGAACUUUAAAACUUUUAUUAGACAUUAUGCAUCUUGUACAGCGUGCAAGAAAGUCCAAAUUCUUUAGUGUUUAUAGGCAUAAAGAUUACAUCACAUGCGAUAUUCAAGGUAUCGCAAAAUAACAAGUUUACGUACAAAAUUGCCUAUUUAACUUACAAUGCAACUGGUAUUAUUAAAUUAACAAAGAUAUCUUAUUUGGCUUGGCACAGUUAUUAACAAAAUAAAAUCGUAAAUUUCAUAUUUGACCGUUUCGAAAGUAGCGUACUUAUUGACACGAAAAAGCUCUUUUUCACGUAAUUGUAGUUAGAGCUUUUUUCUAACCGGCUGUAGCCGAAUUAGAGUUAAAAGGUGUGGCACCCUUUAAUGGUACGCAUCUUAAAGAAGGUAUGUGACCUUGUCAAAUACCUGGGCAGCACUGAAGAGGAGGCAAGCGUGGAAUUGUAGCGUACUUUUAAAAAACCAUCCAUAAUUCACGCUGAGCUCCUGUUCAAUGUUCCUUGGAAUGUGGUUUGAAAGCUCACUUUAAAGCGCACUUUAAUUUGACACGUCAAAUUAUCUCUUCUAACGGUAUUUUCCUUGUUUUUGGAUCCUUCCAGAUUACAGUGAGUUCGUUAGCCAUGUGGCAGCCGCGUCUUAUCUUAAAAUUUAUGCAACUCGCUUAAUAUAAACUAAAGGAAGAAUUUCUAUGAGAAAUAGAUACUAUAUCUGCGUCCCCUCUUAAACCUAGUAAUGUUAAGUUUAUUAUUACCUCUUAAAUGUUUUUUUUAUAUGUAGCUAUUUCAAUGGAAAUUGUUAAAGUAAUUUUGAAACCAACAGUACAAAAGCUGAAAGGUCCUUUGAAAUCUGUCCAAGCGUCACCAAGUUGUACUGCAGUUGACAUAAAAUCACGAUGUACUCUAUGGGCCACAUUUAUUUGUCUACAUGUUGGCAUAUGUAAAACAUACACACACCGAAACAUUUAGCAGAACACAAACAAUAAAUGUAAAAAAAUAUAUAAAAAAUUGAUCGUCUGCCAUUUUUUCAUUCGUCUGUUGUAAUUUCCUGCUAAAGCAGGUUUGUCGAGUGGUCCGAGGUUAAAAUUGCGUCUUGUCAAUUUCGUGAACUUUAAUAGAAAAAGUUAUUUUGUAUUAAAAUUUUUAUUUAAUCAAUGUUAAACUGUUGCCAUUUUUAAAUUUCCAGCCGUUUGUACUUUAUCACAAUAUCUAAAAAUAAGCAAUUUUGCUUAAUUUCGAUUUUAAGGGAGUCUUCAAUUUAGACGCUUAUAUAAGUGCUGCAAUAAUGGCGCUGCAGCAGCGUCGCUACUCAUUUUCAUACAAUAUUAAAAAGCGUAGUUGCACUGUCCGACGCGCGCGCGCUACGUUUGCAGUUACUAUUAGUGAAUUAAAAAUUACUGAAGCGCUACAGAUGCGCGGCAGCCGCGCCACUGCAGCGCUUCUACAAGCUUCUAAUUUGAAAGCGCCCUAAAUAUAAGCGUUACUAUUUUAUUCCGCUAAUUGUGCUGGUGUGUGUAAAUUAGGCCACAUGGUAUGAACUGUAGACUGUCUGUAUUUAUGGUCUAUUUUUUCCAGAAGUCGCAACAUACUCGUACAUACUUCAGACUGAUUGCAAUGUGGACGGUGUUCACAGACCAUUGCCAUUUUUUUUAAAUAACCUAUAUUUAGUUAAUAAUGCCAUAAACAAAUUCAUUGCUAUAUUUUUGUACAGAACGGUAUAUUGUUUGUAUGUGAAACGUUUAUGCUGUGCUUGUGUGAAAUAUGGUAACACCAACUAGAAAUAAAAUGUUUAAGACAUGGCGUAGAAUGUAGAUUUGUAUUGUAGUUUUGUAUAAUUACAUGCUUGUAGCCUUGUAAAGUAACACGGAUGAAAUGGCAUCCCACAAUUUGAUACAACGAAUCAUAGGACUUACGCCACUAUCGCAACGCUGUCGUCUGACGAUGCACCUGCUCUUGUAUUUCUCAAUUGCGAUAAACUUUUAUUUGCAAGUUGUUGUGCGUACCUUAGAAAAUGACUUAAUUGUCGCUCAAACAACUUAGACGCCAAAUUCGAAUAAAAGAUGAUCAAAUAUUUUUGAAAGUUAGUUUCAGUCAGAAAAUUAGUUGUAGUGUACAUGAUCUGAACGGCAUUGAAAUCUAUUUACACAUAAUGACAGUAUUUUAUAAAACGUGACAUGAUAAUAAUGUCAACGUGUGAUAAUGUCACAUUUCAUAUAUCGAUUUCCAGAACAGUGGCUUACCUAACAUCAUUUAAUUCGCAAGAAAGAAUACAAAAAAACCACAAUAUAUAGCUAACAAAAUGGGAGAAUACUAUGCGCAAUAAAGACAGACAGCAACGAGAGAGUUACUAGCCACUUUUGCAUAACUUCGCCCCUGUUGUCCACUAAUGUAGGUAUAUAAAACAGUGAAUACCCACUUAAAAAAUGUUAUAGCUAAAUUGUUUCUAUGAGAAACUGCAAAAAUGAUCUCAACUUGUCAUUUAAGUUUCUGUAGAUAAUCAUGUAGGUAUUGAGACCUCAAUGAAGUUAAUUUUUAAUUCCUCGUUUUGUACACAUUAGUGUAAAGUGAACAACACACUUGUCGUACCCUCAAAAUGACAAGAAUGAGUGCAGGUGGAAGAGACAGCGGUGAGUUCAUACUCCACCUAACAUGAGAUCAUAACAUCCCAAAGCACAAUUCCAAAACAUUUUUUGCUCUAACAAAGGUGCCUGUUUUAUACAAAAUGUAAAUAAGCCUACAUACUAAAGAUUAUUAUGAAAAAUCAAUGUCCUAUUGACGCACAAAACCAUAAUUUUUAUAGUCAGAUCUCUAGUCUCAUUAAUUUUUGAAUAAGCAUCGUUCAGCUAAGUGCAGAUUUUUACUCAUAGCUAAUUCAGUGAGGGCUUUGACCUUUUACUCUAUUGACGACGUAGAAAAACUACUGAAUUUCCUUUGACAGCUUUUCCAUUGCAAGAUUAUGUGUAUCGAGUAUUAGUAUAUUUUGACCAAAACCCUAAUAGCUACGAAUAUACGUAAUGAGACAUCGAAUUCAGAUUUUGAAAGGCUCUGCGCCAUAGUGCGCUAUAAUUUGAUAAACAAUAUUUUGCUCGCUAUGUGCUGUUCCGCCUAGUGCGGUUUCAUCUUUAAUGUUAAAGGAGUUCAGUAGUUUUGUAACACCGAUAAUGUAGCAAAACUAAGAAAUCAUUCUGUGAAUUACCUCAGUGGACUGUUUGUGAUAGAUUUAGCCAAUAAGUGUUCAAGUACGUGUAGAAAAAGUCAAUUCUUGUACUUUUGGCGUCCAUUUUGUUUUUUUUUUAUAAAGGCACGGUUUUGUUCGCAAUUUUCAAUACUUUGGUUUACCUACAUUUUGUUUCCAAAGGGCAAAAUUAAAUUUUAGUCAGUUAUUCCUACAUUUGACAUAUAGCGGAAUUUUCAACAAUCGUUGGAAAACCUCUUAAAAGUUAAUGUAAGAACGAAAAAGGAGGCGGCCGAACCUCUUAUAUGAGAAAAUACG